ACGUGGAAAUGUCAUUUGCUGACAUCUACAUGGUGAACCUACGCCGAGGAACGCGUAAGAAAGGAACGCGAGGAAGGUUCCCAUUUGUGUUUGGAAUAAAGUAGUACGAUGCAAAUGUCUAGGCUGGAAAUUAAUGUCAGAAGACUUCUGACACGCUGUGAACUAAUAGCGAAAGAUGAUCCUCACCAAGAUUGGAAACUUGAAAAGUAUAUACUUGCUCUGGAUGACAUGAUGAACAAACUACAAACUCUACCAAAUAAACCAUCUAAAGAUUCCAUAGUGGGCUAUACCAAACGGAUAGAUUUUUUGAAAGGAGUAAUAAAUGCAAUGAAAUUAUCGAAUCCAGUAGAAAGGGUGGCAGCUGCACAAUUACUAUCAAAGAAUUCAACUUUGGUAAAUGAUUCUGCUAGUACAAAUAUCACAACACAAAUACAUCAGAAGACCAUUGCAAAAUACAAUCGUGAGUUACGUGGAGAGUUAUUUCAUGCUGAUAAAGGUAUAAAUAAGGAUGGUGUGCGACAGAGAUUAUCAAACUCUAACAUACAAGAUGAAGAUUUAGAUGCUAUCUUGAAAUAUAAUCGUAAUAUCCAAGAGAAAAUUGCUGAAAAUAUGCUUUCCAUGACCAGUAAUAUGAAAGAACAUGCAUUAGCAGCAAGUGCCAUCAUAAAGAAGGAUAUCAAUACACUAGAAAGAUCAGAUAAAUUGACAGAUAUUAAUGCUGUCAAACUGAAAAAAGAAUCUUUAAAACUGGAAGAACACACUAAUUCCAAGUGGAGAUGUUGGGUGUGGAUCAUGAUAGCUUUUGUCUUGGUUGUAUUUUUCAGUAAGGUAAAAGUGGUCAGAGCUCUGUGCAAGUACACUGCACAACAUGCGAACGAAUUGUCGUUUGACGAAGGUGAUCUUCUUUAUGUAUACGAUAAAGAUGUAGAUCCAAACUGGUGGACAGCGAAAUGUGGAAACCAAAAAGGACUUAUACCUGUCGCUUAUGUCGAAGAACAAACACAAGAAAUUGAAUUACCACUACAUGAUGCUGCGAGACGUGGCAAUAUAUCUUUCCUAAGAGAAUACUUGAAACAGGGUAUAUCAGGGACAGGCUUAGACGCAGCCGGAAAUACACCGUUAUAUUGGGCAGCGCGCACUGGCCAUGUGGAAUGCGCAAAGGAGCUCCUUAAUUUACCAAAUCCUGCAGUAAAUGCUCAGAAUAAAAUGGGCGAUACACCGUUGCAUGUGGCGGCGAGUCACGGACACUUGGAAGUAAUAAAUUUACUGCUGGAACACAACGUGGACGUGUUGUUACGGAACAAGGAUGGUUUUAUCGCGGAAGAAUUGGCGUCCGACGCGUCCAUCAAAAACGCGAUACAAUCGCAACAAAGUGGAUACGACGGCAGACACGAGUACGACGAUGAUGAUUACAAUGAUGACAGUGAUUAAAAAUGUCAUUUUCAUCCGAUAGAAACAAUAUAAACAUUCCUAUAAUGAGAGUAUUAGGCGAUAUCGCUGAUUUCUAAAGAUCUCUCGAGCAAUGCUCGUCUUAAUAUUUAAGAACAAUUAUUUUAUAAUUCGCCAUUAUAUCAUAGUGUUCUUAAUGUUCAUCGUUGCGACGACAAAAUAAUUAAAGCGCUCGAUUAUUUAAAAUGAAAAAAUUAAUAAAUAUAUUGUUAUGAUGUACAUUAUUUUAUGAACAUAUACUUUCUCGUAACGCUAUUAGUAUUAUUUUACCGUACAAAUAUUUAAGAAUGAUCUACAUAGAGCAUCAUUGUAACAACUAAACUGAAUGAAACUAGAUUAAUUAUGCUCCAAUUAAUCAUUCAACUAUACAAAUUAUUUAAUGUAAGAAAGCACUAUAGAUUUAAAACGUACAAGACGACUUAUGGAAAAAGAAUAUGUAAAUAUCCUUUGAAAUGAAUUAUGUAAUUUUUUUUCAAAUUCAUUUAUUUGGAUCUUCAGGGGAUCCAAUAAUUUAAUUUUUUUAACAAAGAAUGUAAUACAAUCUUCUUUUUCUAGUA